AUGGCUUCAGGACACAAUGACCCCAAGCUCCUAUAUGCCGUAGAUGGCAUCAAGGCUUACCACAUCGCCAACGGCAAUGAGGAGUCUCUUACGCCCACUGGCGCCCAAACGCUGUCGCUGCUUAUGGUCCCCACGUCGUCCGGGUUCGCAGAUCCCAGCGGUGUUGGCAAUGGCGAGGAGGACUUCUACCUGCACCUUCAUCUCCCUCCCGAGCUCGAUCUUCCCCUGCCAGCCACCACGCAGAUAUACCAUCAACCACCCACGAGUUAUCUGAUCCCUCGCUGGGACCUCGGACCCGAUAGCGGAGCAUUCACGCGCAUCGAGUUCCCUGCUGCAGGUAGCAGGCCCGGCAUCCAGGAGGAUGUCGACACCUUCGAGACCAUCCUGGCCCAAUGCACCGCGUUUCUCGAGCGGACGCCCGCGCCGAGGCCGAGGAAGUCCAAGGCCGCCGAGGCCAAGGCCGGCGAAGCCGCAGGCGAGGAGCUGCCACCCUAUAACCCGGCCGACUUUGAUCCGGGCGAAGGAUACGUCCAGGGGAGCCACAGCUCUUCGUCGGGCAAGGGCGGGCGCAUCGUGCUUGUGGACGAGGAGGACGGCAGCGUCAUAGGCGAGCUCAGCGAGGGCUUCCAGGUUGUCGAAGACGGCGCUGUACGACCGGGAUCCAAGGAUCCCGUCGAAAUCUCCCUGCCUGCGGAUGGCACCCAGAACAUCGCUGUUCAGCCGCUCUCCAUCGAGGAUGAAUUGCAUCCCGCCUACCGAAAGUCCACCUUGGUCAACACCGCCAGCAAGGCAUCUCGCUUCAUCAUUACCACGUCCGACUACGUCACCAAGACCUUGCAAUCGCAAGCCGACAACUUCACGAAAAACACGCAACCCGUUGCCAAACCUGUGAGCUUCAGCCCGACAACGCACGCGCAUAUCCGACGCAUCAACCAGUUUUCUACAAAGACUGCUGGCCUGUCUGCGACGACCGUGGGGUCCAUCGGCAAGGUUGCACAAAACUUUGGCGCCCAUGUUACCAAACGCAAGGACGGCAGAGCGCGGGGCUACGACAAGGACGGCAAAAUGAUUGAAACCUACAAGCCGGGGAUGCUAAACAAGAGCCUGAUGGCCUUUAACACGGUCGUCGACGGCAUAGAGCAGGCUGGGCGGAACCUGCUCACCAGCACGUCGGCCAGCGCAUCGCAGGUCGUCGGCCACCGAUGGGGCCCCGAGGCCGGAGAUGUGGCGCGCAAUAUUGGCGGCGGCUUCAAGAACGUUGGCCUCGUCUACAUCGAUGUCACGGGCGUAUCGCGCCGAGCUAUCCUCAAGAGCGUGGCCAAAGGCAUGGUUGUUGGUAAAGUGAAGGGCGGCGGUGAGGUUAUUGUUGGCGGGGGAGACGGCGGCGACGCUACAAUCGCAGCUGGGGGGAACGGCGGCGGAAGCACAGCCCAGAGCGCAUACGGUGAUUCUGCCAGUGUUUCCGGUGGGUACAGCGGCAAGGGGAAGAUGCCCAGCUCCUGA